GCUUGGGCGGACUGUGAGUUUCCAAAAGGCUCUGAUGCAAGUGCUGGACAUUGUCACUGUCAAUGCAAACCAACCUGUGCCUCACGCAGGCAAGGUUCGACUGUUCAUCAGUUUGGUGAUCAGCUUGAAGUUAUGGCUGGGAGGCAUGGAGAUUGCACACCGAUGA